AUGGCUUUGCCCAAGCGCAUUAUAAAAGAGACGGAACGUCUCAUGGCUGAACCAGUUCCUGGGAUCAAUGCCGUUCCUCACGAAGAUAAUCUGCGAUACUUUGAUGUUUCCAUUCACGGCCCGAGUCAAUCUCCCUACGAGGGUGGGAUUUUCCGACUUGAAUUAUUUUUACCCGAUGACUACCCGAUGACUCCGCCCAAAAUCCGGUUCUUGACUAAGAUCUAUCACCCCAAUAUUGAUCGGCUGGGCCGCAUUUGCUUGGACGUUCUGAAGAAUAAUUGGUCGCCCGCCCUCCAGAUUCGCACGAUUCUGCUCUCCAUUCAGGCUCUCCUUGGUGCUCCCAACCCCGACGACCCGCUUGCCAACGACGUUGCCCAGCGCUGGAAGGAUGACGAGCCAGCGGCAAUUCAGACAGCCAAGGAGUGGACCCGUACCCAUGCGAUGGCCUAA